GCGGAAACCGAGGACAAACAAGAGUCGGGAGAAAGUGAAUUUUGGAGCAUUUGGAGGCACUUUUAGUCGGAAACGAUCUGCUGCUGCUGGUGGAGGUGGUGUUGGAGGAGGAGGAGGUGGUGGUGGUCUGCUCUUUGUGCUGCGGGUCGCAGCCGUUUUCCUUUUGGGUAGAAAGGCCUCCAAGAUAGAUUCCCUCAGGAGUAAAGUGGACUUGCUGCGCCUCCCUCUGGCCCUCUCCUCCAAGUCCAUCAGCAAUCGCAAGAGCCAGCUGGGCGUGGUCUGGGAGAAAGGCGGCGGCUUGGGGGCAGGAGGAGCCAGGAAACCCCGCCCACCGCCGGCCUCCGACAUGGACAACGAGUCGACGUACUCGGGCUACUCCUACAAGUCGUCCCACUCACGAAGCUCCCGCAAACACAGGGAGCGGAGGGACAGGCAUCGCUCAAAGAGUCGGGACAUCGGUAUCCGGGGAGACAAGUCGGUGACCAUCCAGGCUCCCACGGAGUCGCUGCUGGACGCCGAGUCCACCAGAGGAGACGACAGGGAUGACAACUGGGGCGAGACCACCACGGUGGUCACUGGCACCUCCGUGGACAGCAUCUCCAACGAGGACCUGACACGGCUCUCUAAGGACCUUGAGGACUCCUCGCCGCUGGAGUGCCGCCGGUAUCUUGGCCCGGCGUUGGGCGCGGUCCUGGGGUUCUUUGCUCUCAUCACUCCUCUGGCCUUCUUGGCCCUCCCACAGCUGCUGUGGCGGGACACGCUGGAACCUUGCGGCACACCGUGUGAGGGCCUUUACAUUUCCCUGGCCUUCAAGCUCCUGAUCCUCCUCAUCUCCACCUGGGCGCUGUUUCUCCGCCCGCCCAGAGCCACUCUGCCACGCUUCUUCAUCUUCCGCUGUCUGCUGCUGGCAUUGGUCUUCCUCUUUGUGGCAUCGUAUUGGCUCUUCUACGGGGUGCGGGUGCUGGAGCCCAGGGAGACGGACUACAGGGGGAUUGUGGGAUACGCAGCAUCUCUGGUGGACGCGCUGCUGUUCAUUCAGUACCUGGCCCUGGUGCUUCUGGAGGUCAGACAUCUGCAGCCUGCUUUCUGUCUGAAGGUUGUGAGGACCACAGAUGGAGCUAGUCGCUUCUACAACGUGGGUUAUCUCAGUAUUCAGCGGGCAGCUGUGUGGGUUCUGGACCAGUACUACAGUGACUUCCCGGUCUAUAACCCCGCCCUGCUCAAUCUGCCCAAGUCUAUCCUCUCCAAGAAGAUGUCUGCCUUCAAAGUGUACAAUCUAGGGGAAGAGAACAGCACAAAUAACUCUACGGGGCAGUCCAGAACCAUGGUUGCAGCCGCUGCUCGGAGAAGAGAUAACUCCCACAAUGAAUACUACUACGAGGAGGCCGAGGUGGAGCGGAGGGUCCGCAAACGCAAAGCCAGACUUGUGGUGGCAGUAGAAGAAGCCUUCACCCACAUCAAGCGUUACCAGGAAGAAGAGGCGACCACGUCCUCCCCGAAACACCCGCGGGAGGUGAUGGACCCCAGGGAGGCGGCCCAAGCCAUCUUUGCCCCCAUGGCACGAGCCAUGCAGAAAUACCUCCGCGCCACCAGGCAGCAGUUCUACCACAGCAUGGAGAGCAUCAUCAACCACCUGCAGUUCUGCAUCACGCACAACAUGACCCCCAAGGCUUUCCUUGAGCGUUACCUCAGCCCAGGGCCCACCCUCCAGUACCUAGACACCAGCAGGGGACGCCAGUGGACACUAGUGAGUGAGGAGCCUGUGACUGCUGCUCUACGUCAAGGCCAGGUCUUCUCCCUGAGACGCCUUGACUUCUCUCUGGUCGUCACAGUGACACCCCUCCCCUUCCUGCACCUGGGCGAGGAGUUCAUUGACCCGAAAAGCCACAAGUUUGUCAUGAAGCUUCAGUCAGAGACUUCUGUGUAGGAGGAAGGUGAUAAAUAAUGGACGGAAGAAAGAAGAAGGAUGUUGGCUCAAAGUUACUAAUCUUUGUGCUUUCAGGGUAUCUUUUUUUAUACCUUUUUGGAAUUGCAUAGUUAUUUUUAAUGAUUUAUAUUUGUUUAUAAGCGUGACAUCCAAAUAUGCAAAGAAGACAUGGCUAAAAUGUCAGGAAGCUACAGAGAAAAAAAUUCACGCCUGCAGAACUGCCCUAUCUCUGACCAUGUUCCUCUUUUCUGGUGAACAAGUGGACAUUUAUACCGAAGUGCUGACUCUUAACUUCUGCUUACACUGUUGACUCCUUUCAACUUCCAUGGUACUGAAGAAAUAGGGCUGUUUCUUAGAAGUGUUACACUACAGAUUUAAUGUAAUGCAUUGUUUUGAUAAGAAUUUGAUUGUUUGGUUAAAAAACAACCCCAUGAGUCUAUAGAUUAGAUUUUCCCAUGUACGAUAUGGACUGUCGGUGGGAAAUAGUCUUAUGAGCAGGAACACUGUACAGCUGACCUUUUCUUAUGCAGACAUGAGAGGCUUCACUUAAGCUCACUCUUAGCUAAUUUUACUUCUUUUUUUCUCUUUUACUUGAACUUCUUGUGUGGCCUUUACAGGCUAUAAAAGAAUCUACUAAAAGGUCAGGCCUUCUCUCACCUUUUGUGCAUUGACUGGAUUCACUGACUGAAUCAAAUGGAGAUGAUGCUGCUUUUGAACUGCUUCCUCUAUGUUUGAUUCCGCUGAAAAGUUUACUGAAAAGUGGGCAGAUAAACUUACCAAUCUAAGUAUGAAGUAAAAAAACACUGGAUUGACUUGAUGCACUGAGUAUUUCAUAAUCAGUUUGUUGAACUAUCUCCUGCUCAGGUUCUGUUGAACCACUUUUUUCUACAAAUCCACCCACGGAAAUUUGUGUAACGGCGUACACUUUAACGUUCUAAGCACAAUGUGGGCACAGUAUAGGAGACGAGUUUAAGUCCAGUAUCCCUGGUAACAGAUGUUUUCACACUCCAGGAUAACACCGCCUAGUACCACCGAUGUGCUUCUUUUUGGCAGCUUGAUGUUAAUUACUGUCUUUUUUUAUAUUUUUCGAGUGGGUGAAUUCGUGUGUGUGAUUGAGCAACUUGACAAAGUGGGGAGAGGCCCAAAAGCCCAUAGGUCAUUCCAUCUAUGUAAUUUGAUUAAAAAUUAGUUUAUUUUUUAUGAAUUUUCACACUUAAGGUACAAUAUAAAUUAAAUUGCAACCUUCAUUACCAGACUGUGUGACCCUGUCUUAUAGAAGUGCCCUAUAAGAGAAACUCCCCUUGCAGUGGAUGGUGAAAAAAAAAUCAAAAUGAAUGCAGCAGAACCAGAGAUGCAGUCCUUUUUUUUUUUAUUAUUAUUAUUCCACACAUUCUUCUUCCUGGUUGAAACCUGACACCUACAUUACCCACAAUGCAACCCUACUGCCCACAGCACAGUUAGAUAUUUGGGUAUGUUAUGCUAGUAGCAGCUAAUGUAGCCUCGAGUCUCAGGCAGAGAUGAGGAGCCGUUUACAGAGGACUGGUAAGCUCACUUAUUUUAAACUCCACACCCACAGAUAUUUUCCAUUUCCAAACUUGUAAUCUCCAACCCCAAGUGACGCCGACUCAAGUGACAUCACUUGAGGCAUUUUUUCCUACUUUUAUUCAUACUUCAUUUCUCGAGCCGCAAAAGGCUUAAUACGACUUAUUUGACAUAUGCAGUUGUCACCAAGACUUCUGAACAGACAUUGACGUGUAAACUCGUACUUUAAAGCAGCUACAAGGAACUUUUAAUUUUAUGUUGUUUAUGGCGGUCCCAGUGGACAAUAGUGGUAGUGUUCCGACCUGGUGGAAGGUGGUGGCAUUAGGAAUAACUUUAUAGAAAUAGCCAGUCUUCUCGCUGAUGGUCUUAUUUGUUUAUGUAGGUCAUAUAGAAGCAUCAGUAUUAAACUGAGACUGUUUCAUAAACGUUUAAAAACUCCUUAUUAUUAAAAUAGUUGCUUUUCUGUUGAUGAACUAACCGAUUAAUCGCUCCACAGAGUACUAGUUGGUUUCCUGAGUGUCUGGAGAAAUAAUGACGCUGCUGUACAUACUAGGGGUCAAACCGGGCCCCCCAGCAGACUUAUCCGGCCAUGGAUUGAUACGUGUGCACAUUUGUGUCUUUUGUCGCUCAAAGAUGUCCUUUUAUACACUACAGUUAGAUUGUUGUGCCACUGACAAGCAGUUCACGUUUACAUUUCAAUGCAGUUUUCUAAGGUUGUAUUUUUCCUGUUUUUCGAUUGAUCACUUUUUUUGUACUCGAUUUAAGCUCCUAACACUUGUCUCUGAAGAAAGGUAUCUUUAAAAGCAAGAUUGUUAUUUUUUUUUUUUUUGAGGACUGAGUUGAUGUAAAAGGAUUUUAAUAAAUCAUCCCAUAUGAGUCA